UGAGCGUUUCUGAAGUGUAACACUACACUCGAGGAAGACUACAAGGGGUACGCGAGUCAACGGAGGUUACACGAGGGGGCGGACAAAGAACACGAAGGUGUAACACUACACUCGAGGAAGACUACAAGGGGUACGCGAGUCAACGGAGGUUACACGAGGGGGCGGACAAAGAACACGAAGGCGCGGAUGUGCUCGGUGGUGGGAUGGCCGGCUGCACAACCUCCUGCAUGCCUUGGGGUGGCUGCUAAGCCCCAAAAGCCAAUUGCUGAGGAGGAGGAGGAGGAGGAGGAGGAGGAGGAGGAGGAGGAGGAGGAGGAGGAGGAGGAGGAGGAGGAGGAGGAGGAGGAGGAGGAGGAGGAGGAGGAGGAGGAGGAGGAGGAGGAGGAGGAGGAGGAGAAGGAUUGGGGGGAGGAGGAUGAGGAAGAGCAAGAGGAGGAGGAGGAGGAGGAGGAGGAGGAGGAGGAGGAGCAAGAGGGGGAGGGGGAAGGGCACGAGGAGGUGCCAGUGGCGAAGAAGCAGAGGGGCUCUCUAGGAACGCCUAGUCCAAGACAUUCCUUGGCGUCCAGGCUUUCGUUGCGGAUCCCUGCAACUCCUCCCGUCAACCAUCGGCCUUCUGCCCCGCCUCACCCCCCUCC